AUGAACGACUCAGCCGAAUUUGCACCUCAACUCUAUCCACCUUUCCCUAAAGACACAAAUCCUGUAAUACAUCUGAGCACUAUUUCUCUAUCGGAGUUGCUGGCUGGUUCUGAUGCUGAGCAAGCUAGACUGUUUGAGAUCUGUCGGACACAAGGCUUCUUCUAUCUCGACUUCAGUGGCACGAAGUCUGAAUCCCUUGUGAAAGAGGCCGAAGCUAUUGGUCGCUUGUCUGAGACGGUUUUCAAGUUACCCCUAGAGGAAAAGCAGGACAAGGAACCGAAGAAGCCAUUCUCACUACUCGGCUACAAACGUGUCGGCAAGACCAAGACCGACGACCAAGGCAUACCAGACACAGCAGAGUUCAUGAAUGUUGGCAAGGAUGACAUCCUCGAUACUCCACACCACAUUCCAACCACUCCUCCAGCUAUUGUCUUCGAAUCGGCCAACCGUGCGAUGCUCGCAAGCUUUGUUGUCGGCUGUCACGGUGUCGGUCUCGACAUUAUGUCUGUACUUGCAACGAAGACGGGCUUGCCCGAGGACGUUUUUAGUCAUAGUAAUUGUCUCAAAGCACCUUGUGAUAGCCACUGCCGCAUGAUACGUGGUCCACCAAGAAGAUCUACAGAUCUGCCAGAAAUACAAACCCCAGGUCAUACUGAUUUUGGGACAAUAACCAUUCUCUUCAAUUGGCUGGGAGGAUUGCAAGUCUGGUCCGAACCAUCACGAGGCAACUUCCACAAGCAGUUCGAGGGCGAUCAGCCAGAAGGUGGUGCUGCAGGACGAUGGCUAUGGGUAAAACCCAAGCCCGGUCAUGCUAUUGUCAAUUUAGGUGACGCUGCUGUACAGUUUACAGGUGGAAUCUUGUGCUCUGCUAGACAUCGUGUUGUGCCUGCACCAGGCGAACAGGGCCUGUGGCCGCGAUACAGUGUCGUGUACUUUGUACGACCGAACGAUGAGGUAGUGAUGAAGCGUCUACGGGGUGGUAUGGUACCUCCAUUGCCAGAAGGUGAGGAAGAAGAGGAGCUUACCGCUGCCCAACAUCAGCAGAAGAAGUUCAGAGCGAUGCAAGAAGGUGCAAGGGAAGUCAACACAGCGAAGACAGAUCGGAAUUAA